ACAGGCGACAAAAUAAUACCACGUGAUCCAAAAUGGGCAGUCCUCUGACGGGGCUGAAAAAAGCCAUUUUCUGGCGCUGCUGCAAAUUGAGUCCAAGUCCAAAUAAUUCCCCGGAUCGAGGCUGCGAGCGGAGGGGACACGUUGAUGUGUGACCAGAUCGGUCCAGAUGGAUAAGAUGCAGCCGAACCGGAUUAAAAUCACAGAUCUGAAUCCACACCUCACGUGCCCGCUGUGCGCAGGAUACCUGGUGGACGCCACCACCAUCGUGGAGUGUCUGCACUCCUUCUGUAAAACUUGCAUCGUCGCCUUCCUGGAAACGAAUAAGUUUUGUCCUCGAUGUGACGUCCAGGUCCAUAAAACCUGUCCUCAGCUCAGCAUCAGGGCCGAUAAAACUCUACAAGACAUAGUUUAUAAGCUGGUUCCCGGAUUAUUCAAAGAUGAGAUGAAGCGGCGGCGGGACUUCUACGCUGAGAACCGCGUGCUGGAGCCGGGCGAGGUGGUGGAGACCUUCAACAUCGCCGAGGACGAGAUCAUCAGUCUGUCCAUCCAGUUCUACGAGAGGAGCAAGAGCAGCGACCGGCAGCGUUCAGAGCUGGAGGGAGACAAGUCCAACGGGAAGCGCUUCCUGCAGUGUCCGGCCGCCAUGUCCGUCAUGCACCUCGCCAAGUUCCUCCGCAGCAAGAUGGACAUCCCCAACAACUACCGGGUGGAGGUUUUGUACGGGGACGAGCCGCUGAAGGACUACUACACACUAAUGGACAUCGCAUAUUUCUACGAGUGGAGACGGACCGGACCCAUCCCCCUGCAGUACCUGGUCAAGCCCACCAGGAAGCGCCGGCGGGCGUCUCACUCCACGGCCCAGGGUCACUCCGACGGCGUCAACACCAGCCCCACGUCGGAGAGCGACUCCCAGAGCGACAAGGUCCACAGUCCGGCCGCCGUGCAGCCGCCCCGCGCCUCCUCGCAGUCCGGCCCCGCCCCCCACGGCCCCGCCCCCUCCGCCGCCGUCCAGAGCUCCAACGGCACGGCGGCGCCCGGCGGCGCUCAGCGACACCCGCUCGCCUCCAAACAGGCCGCCGGCGCUCGCAAGGUGACUGUCAACGGCACGGGCAAGGAGGAGGCGAGGGGGGGCAACAAGGGCGGCGCCCCCCCUCCCACCUAACCCUGCCCGGCGGCGGCGGCGGGAGGACAGUGCGCCCAUUGCUCCCGUUUGUUUUCUCCCAGCUGGAGCGGAGCCUUCGUCCCUCUUCUGAA